GAAGUGCAACUAUCGCAACACGGAAGUGUUGGAAGGAAAACAAAUAACCGUUUACAUUUGAGCCGAGUUGAAUUCGGUGAAGACGCCAUAAGCACCGUUUGUCUUCUAGAUUAUUGUGUUUUCGACGACAAGUCUCGUUCACGAUGGAUUUCCUGUUUGGGAAGAGGAAGACUCCAGAGGAGAUGCUGAGGCAGAAUCAAAGAGCACUCAACAGAGCCAUGAGAGAACUGGACAGAGAGCGAAUGAAACUGGAGCAACAAGAGAAGAAGAUCAUUGCUGACAUCAAGAAAAUGGCCAAACAGGGACAAAUGGAUGCAGUGAAGAUCAUGGCUAAGGAUUUGGUUCGUACGCGGCGCUACGUCAAGAAGUUCAUCAUGAUGAAAGCCAACAUUCAGGCUGUCAGUCUUAAGAUACAGACACUCAAGUCCAACAACAGCAUGGCGCAGGCUAUGAAAGGCGUCACCAAAGCCAUGGCCACCAUGAACAGACAGCUGAAACUACCUCAGAUUCAGAAGAUCAUGAUGGAGUUUGAACGACAGAGUGAAAUAAUGGACAUGAAAGAGGAGAUGAUGAAUGACGCCAUUGACGAUGCAAUGGGUGAUGAGGAUGAUGAGGAGGAGAGUGACACCAUCGUGUCCCAAGUGUUGGAUGAGCUCGGUCUGAAUCUUUCUGAUGAACUAUCAAAUCUUCCAAGCACCGGGGGAAGCCUAUCGAUGGCUGCAGGAAAGAAAGCGGAACCCCAAGCCGCCGUGGCUGGUAUAGACGCAGAUCUGGAGGAGCGUCUGAACAACCUACGGAGAGACUGAACACACAUUGACUGUCAGACAAGCUCACUGUGGCGAGGUUGUUAAUACAGAUACAAACAUACUCAAAUCUCUGUGUCUAGACUCUUUGGAAGGUAUAACUGACCAGCUGUCACAGCCAAAAGGCUGUGCUAUAAAGGUGUAUGGCUUUCUGUUUGAGUUUUCUUCUUUCUUUUUUUUUCAUUUUAUGCGUGUAUUAUGUAUCUUAUUAAGAAAAAAUAUUACAAGGGUCAUUAUCCUUCAUAGGUCUAGCAAAUUCUUAUCUCAUUUAAGAUUCUGCCAAAUGACACAGAUUUACUGAAAGUACGUAAACAUCCAUUUCAUGAUCUGUGUGAAUACUAACUCCUAAAGAAACAAUGUUUUCACAAUUUAAAAUGAACACUAAUUACAAAAUAUUUAAAGGAAACCAAAUUAAAUCUGGUAAUAUUACAGAUAGUAAAACAUUUUAUAUAUUGAGAUUUAAAAAAUAUCUGCAUGUUUUGUACAUGAAGCAGGUUUUGGUGUUUGUAUCAUAAUACAGUUUUCAGCUUUUUUUAUGUUUAUUUUUGGGAGCUGCCAGUUUGAUGAGAUCUAGCAGAAGAUGGCGAACAAAAGAGAUUGCUCUAACAGCUUGGCUGUCUAAAUUCACUAAUGGAAAGGUUUUUUGUUUUUUUUUACAAAUAAUAUUAUUUGACAAGGACAGGGGUGUUCUGCUGCCUCUGAAACACUCCUGUAUUUUGCCUGGUGAUAAUUUGUCAGUUGUUUCUGAGAUCUGCAGCAUUUUUCACCAAAUUGUUCAUAAGGAGUCUGUUGAUGUUUAUUUUUGACUUUUUUUCUUUAUUCAAUAAACUUUUCUUUUUUUCCAGAUUGAAAUAACUGCUUGUGUAACUGUGUGAUGUAACAUUUGGUUACUGACCAAAUUUGCAUAAAUUUAGCUGUUUUUCAUAAGUCACUAUUAUAAAAUGACUGUUGAAGGUAUUCACAUUUCACAUCCAUAUUUCAGGAAGAGUUCAGCUCUUUAAUACCUAGAACCAUCAAGAGACAAAACCUGUUUGGUGGACAGGUGUGGCUUCUUCCUUUGUUAGUUUGUUAUUGGUUCAGUAGGUAGGACGUCCUGAAAUUACUUCAGCUGACACUUGCAGUCAGUAGUUGUGAGAUGUUUUCUUUUAAGGAGCUCUCUCUGCAAACGAAAUGGGUCAAACUAAAAAUAUAAAACAAAACUUUAGAAGUAGCCAGAUCAACACUUUGGUACAUUUUUAUGCUGCUGAGCACAAGAUGGACUGGAUUUCCACGAAAGCAAUAGAAGUGACAGCAGCAGUGGUUGAUCACAUGACCUGUUCCAUGAAACAGACAAAAAAAGCUCCUUUACAAUUUACAGACAAGUGAUCGACUUAUUGAUAAGCCCCAAGAAAAGACAGAUUACAUAAAUGUUAGACAAAACGAGCCAGGGCAACUCUGGAACAACUUUGUUUGGACGGAUGAAAUGAAGAGCAACCUGUUCCAGAUUCAUAUCUUCUGAUGACUGAGUCGCUAAUGUUUAUUGAUUAUGUGACAGAGGGCAGAAGCAGCUGGAUUAAUCCUGCAAAGAACAGAGACGACGCUAAAUGUAGCGAAGAUGACUGAAGUACUUAACUGUACAGAUAAAUGGUGCCCAAAAACAUGCUGUAAAAGCAUCCCGGAGAGUUUUUGUGGAGGUGGAGUGGUUGAAUAUUUGGUUAUGACUGAUUCAAUCAACCUGACUGACCGCAAAAUUACAGAAUGACCAGCAAGAGGAAAACUAAUUCUGUUUUUUAUGUACAUGGUUUAUGGGCAAAAUAAGACCAGAAUUGAUCAUUUGAUGUUCAAUAAAACAGCAUAAAUAAAAAUCCUCCUUUUGUCAAUGAAUCUUCAAACGACUGACGACAGAGUUUAUAAUACAUUUCACUUGAUUCCAGCAAAGAGUAAGGUCUGUAC